GGAUACCUCAAGACAGUCCUGUCCACCUCCAUCGACACACAGGAGGAAAAGCUUGUGGAGAGAGACAGCGGAGCCUGGCAGAUUCAAGGAGAUCCCACCAUCCUGGUCACCCUUGCACAUAUAUUCAACCACUUCGCACCUCUCAUGUGCAAAGUGUACUUAGUGGAGGAUGUGCUGAUGAACUUCCUGUUGAGUAUUUUGGAGGGUGGAGGAUCUGUCGAAGAGCAUCCUCUUAUACAACAGCUGCUGGACCUUUUCUGGCUUCUCAUGGAGGACCACGAGGUGAGCGAGUGUCUGAAGCAGCUGAUGAUGUCUCUGCUGAGAGCGUAUCGUUUCUCUCCCAUCAUCCCUGAUCUGGGCUUUCAGAUUCAUUACCUUCGUCUGACCACAGCGAUACUCCGGCAUGAGAAGUCCAGGAAGUACCUGCUCAGCAACGUCCUGUUUGACGUGCUCCGGUCUGUGGUCUUCUUCUACAUCAAGACCCCUCUGAGAGUGAAGGAGGCAGGGCUGGAGGAGCUCAUCCCGACCACCUGGUGGCCCACACGCUUCGACAAAGAGGGCAAAGAUGAGAGGGACACAUGCGAGGAGACGGCCGAGGAGAGGCUGAGACGGCGAGCGUACGAGCGCGGCUGUCACAGACUGAAGAAGAGGAUUGAGGUUGUGGAGGAGCUGCAGGUUCAGAUCCUGAGGUUAAUGCUGAACAACAAAGACAAGGGGACGGGCGAAGCUUCUCGAUACAUUUUCCUGAACAAAUUCCGCAAGUUCCUUCAAGAGAACGCCAGCAAUAGAGGGAACCCCACAGUGUUGUGUCCUCCUGAAUACAUGGUGUGUUUCAUACACCGGCUCAUCACGGCCAUCAGGAGCUACUGGGAUGAAGGCAAGAGAAAAAGCCCAGGAUCCAUGUUCCCGUCAGACGCGUACGUCCCCCCUCAGCUCUUCUACAACGGGAAGGUGGAUUACUUUGACCUGCAGCGUUUAGGAGGACUUCUCUCGCAUCUGAAGAAAACGCUCAAAGAUGACCUGGCCGCAAAGGCCAACAUCAUCAUAGAUCCGGCGGAGAUCCAGGCCUCGUCUAUGGACGAUUUGGAUGAAGAUGAGGAAACUGGAGCUGCACAGAGACCGUCUGGUGCUGUGGCCAUGGGUGGCGCUUUGGCCCGUCCCAGCUGGUUGAGCUCCCCGACGCUGGGUAGAGCCAACCGCUUCCUGAGCACCGCCGCCGUCAGCCUCAUGACCCCUCGACGACCCCUCGCCCCGCCGGAGAAGGUCAAGGUCCGGACCCUCGCCGUGGAGCAGAGAACCGAAGAAGACAUCGAGGGAAGCCAUGGUAACGAUGGGCUGUUGCUGGGGCGACCGUUUGAAGAGCCUGACCAGCCAAUCACAGAGAAGUCACUGCUGGAGAUUCUGGACGGGGUUGUGAUGAUGUACAAUCUGAGCGUUCAUCAGCAGCUCGGCAAGAUGGUGGUUGUAUCGGAUGAUGUUCACGAGUACGCCGUCGCCCUAAAAGACACGGACGAGAAGAUCGCCCGAUGCCCGAGCAGAAGGCCGGAUAUUUUAGAAGAGUUGCAGAAGACCCAAAAAGUGUUUGCUGAAAAGCUGAACCACCUGAGUCGUAGGCUGGCCUGGAUCAAUGCCACCAUCUACUCCAAGGAGAAGAUGCUGGAUGUGUACUGGCUCCUGCAGGUGUGUAUCCGCGCCAUCGAGCAUGCGGACAGCACAGGCUCCCUGUUCGCAUUCAUGCCCGAAUUCUACCUCAACGUGGCCAUGAACAGCUACAGUGCCCUCAAAAACUACUUCAGCCCCUCCAACUGCAUGGAGGAGCUUCCAGGUUACAAGGACACACUCGCUCAGCUCGCAGCCAUUCUCGCCAAACACUUCGCUGAUCCGCGCAUCGUUGGCACCGAUAUCAAAGAUUCACUGAUGCAGGCUUUAGCCAGUUACGUGUGUUACCCACAAUCCCUGCAUGCCGUCGAGAGGAUCCCAGAAGAACAGUGGAUGGCUAUGAUGAGGAACUUACUGGCUCCAUAUGAACAGAGACCUUGGGCUCAAACUAACUGGAUCCUGGUUCGUCUUUGGAGGGGUUGUGGCUUUGGCUACAGGUACACACGUCUGCCUCAUCUGCUGAAGACCAAACCGGAGGAUGCAAACCUGCCCAGCCUGCAAAAGCCCUGUCCAUCACUACUGCUGCAGAGACAUAUGGCUGAACUCCUUAGUCAAGACAAAGACAUGGCUGCCAGUUUCCUCAAUAGCGUCUUAAACCAGCUCAAUUGGGCCUUCUCCGAAUUCAUCGGCAUGAUACAGGAGAUCCAACAGGCAGCUGAGCGGCCUGAGAGGAAUUUCGUGGACACGCGGCAGUUAAAAGUGUGCGCGACCUGUUUUGACCUGUCUGUCAGUCUGUUACGGGUCCUGGAGAUGACCAUCACUCUAGUGCCGGAAAUAUUCCUGGACUGGACCCGCCCCUCCGCCGAGCUGCUGCUGCGCCGAUUGGCUCAGCUCCUGAACCAGGUGUUAAAUCGAGUCACGGCAGAAAGAAACCUCUUUGACAGGGUGGUCAACUUGCGCCUCCCAGGCCUGGAGAGUGUCGAUCACUACCCCAUCCUAGUGGCUGUUACAGGGAUAUUGGUGCGCAUUCUGGUCGACUCCGAUAAACAAGGGAUCUCAAGGGCUGCGUCUGUGCUGCUGUCGGAUCCUUGCUUCCAGCUUCGCUCCAUCCAGUACCUGCUCGGAGAAGGAGAUGCCGGAGCCGCCAGCGCCGACUGCAAACACUUCUCUCUGCACACAUAUACGGACUACAUCAGCACGGAGGAAGAGCAGAAGGUAGAACAGAUGCUAACUUUCCUGACGGAGGAGUCCAAGCAGGCAGCUGCCAGCACAGCGCCGACCAGUGAGGACGAUCUCUGCCCGAUCUGCUAUGCACACUCCAUAUCAGCCAUCUUCAAGCCCUGCUCCCACAAAUCCUGCAAGGCCUGUAUCAAUCAGCACUUAAUGAAUAACAAGGACUGCUUCUUCUGCAAGGCCACUAUCACUGGAGUGGAGGAUUACACCAAACCAGCCAGCUCUUAGUGCGCCCUUUAUACACACACACACACACACACACACACACACACACCUUUUUGGUGUUCAAAAAUCCACAUUAUGUACACUUUCCCCAAAGACUUCACUUCAAAAACACACAUGUUCAGGUUGGACUCUUUGUUUCCACUUAGUCCAUGUAUGGUCACCAUCCCGUCACUGUUGGUUCUGCCAGCAUUGCCCAUCUGCACUGGUGUAUCAUAACAUGUUGUCCUCUGACGAAUGGAACAAGGCCUUGCAAGGCAAUAGCUCUUCCCAGGUGUCUUUGUGAUGAAUGGAUGAGAUCCUGUUUAGAGCCGUGUGCUCAUGGUGCUUCUGAAGGAGCAGCUGAAAAGCUGAAUGUGGAAGAUCUGCUGAGAGUGAUGGAGAGUGUUUCGCCACUGUCUCAAUCGCUUCACAUGUUGCCCUGGCUCUUUUUCUCAUCUGAUUUCUGAUUUCAUCUCCUCUCUGCUCAUUUCUAUUCUAUCCUUUCAUCUCAUCUAUUUUAGUCUUUUCUUUUCUCCAUCUCAUGUCUGCCUCUCUAAUCUACUCUAUUUUCCUGUCACCUUUUAGUCUCUGCCCAUUUUGUCUCAUCUCCUCGCUUUUGGGUUUGUUUUUUUCUCUCUUUUUCUCUUAUUCUUCUAUCACAUUCUAGUCUCUCCUCAUCUCUUCUUUUCUCUCAUUAACAUGUUUAGUCUCUGCUUUCCUUCUCAUGUUUUCAUCUCACCUCGUUCUUCUCUUCAUGUCUCAAUCUUGUCU